AUGAUUAAGUUCCAGGAAAGUGUGACAUUCAAGGAUGUGGCUGUGGUCUUCACUGAGGAAGAGCUGGCACUAUUGGACAAGGCCCAGAUGAACCUGUACCAAGAUGUGAUGCUGGAGAACUUCCGGAACCUCGUCUCAGUGGGAGAUGGGAUUAAAAAAAACAUUUUGAAUCUUCAGGAAAAAGGGUUGAGUUACCUCUUGCAAGAAGUGCUCCACUGCUGGCAGAUUUGGAAACAAAGGCUCCAUGAAUUAACUGUGAAUCAGGAUUAUGUCAUGAAUUUUCAAGGAGAGUGUCCUCCCUAUUUAGAAGGAGAUGUUUCCCUCUGUGAAGAGUGGGCAGGGUUGUCUCUUCACAUUUCUGAAAAUGAAAACUAUGUAGUAAAGGCCAUUCAUUUAGAAAAUCAAGAUGUCACAGCUUGGAAAGGCCCGACACAGGUCCUCACCCCAGAAUCUUGGCGGAAAGCCAACAUAAUGACUGAGCCCCAGAGUUCCCAGGGAAGAUAUAAGAGAAUUCACAUGGAAGAGAAAUUGUACAGAUAUGCUAAGUGUGAUGGCAGCCCCAAUCGGACCUCACACGAUCACGAUGAUUCCCGAGGGUGGAAAGGAGAGGAACCUGGCAGAUGUAACGACUGUGGGAAAAACUUGGGUAUGAAACCAACAGUGAAACAACACAAUGUGGCCCAUGCAGGACCACAACCUCUCAAAUAUGAUAACUUUGGGAUGUGCUUUAUAGAUGAUGCAAAUCCUAGUGUUCAUGACAGCACUCACAUAGGAGAAAAAUCUCAUGAAUGUGACCAGCGUGGAAAGGACUUUAGUCAGAACCCAGACCUUGUUCAUUAUAAAACCCAUUCUGGUGAGAUGCCUUAUGAAUGCCAUGGAUGGGCCACAGGCUGCACACAGAGCUCAGACCUUCCCACUCAUCAGAAAGUCCCCUCAGGAGACAAACCCUACAAAUGUAAAGAGUGUGGCAAGGGCUUCAGGCGCAGCUCCUCCCUGCACAACCAUCAUCGUGUCCACACGGGGGAGAUGGCCUACAAAUGUGACAUGUGUGGGAAGGGUUUUGGGUUUAGGUCACUUCUUUGUAUUCAUCAGGGAGUCCACACAGGGAAAAGGCCUUAUAAAUGUCAACAGUGUGGGAAGGGCUUUGAUCAGAGCUCCAAUCUUCUCGUCCAUCAGAGAGUCCACACUGGAGAGAAACCCUACAAAUGCAGUGAGUGUGGCAAGUGCUUCAGUUCAAGCUCGGUUCUUCAAGUCCAUCGGAGGUUGCACACAGGGGAGAAGCCUUAUAGAUGUGGUGAGUGUGGAAAGGGCUUCAGCCAAAGUACACACCUUCACAUUCACCAGAGAGUCCACACGGGCGAGAAACCCUACAAAUGCAACGUGUGUGGAAAAGAUUUUGCGUACAGUUCAGUCCUUCAGACUCAUCAGAGAGUUCACACGGGAGAGAAACCAUACAAAUGUGAAGUGUGCGGUAAGGGCUUUAGUUAUAGCUCCUAUUUUCACUUACAUCAAAGAGAUCACACCAGAGAGAAACCCUAUAAAUGUGAUGAAUGUGGUAAGGGCUUCAGUCGGAAUUCAGAUCUUCAUGUUCAUCUUAGAGUCCACACUGGAGAGAGGCCCUAUAAGUGUAAAGAAUGCGGUAAGGGCUUCAGUCGUAACUCGUAUCUUCUCGCUCAUAAGAGAGUGCAUGUAGAUGAGAUGCAGUAUCCGUGUCAUGAGUGUGGCAUGGGUUUUAGUUGUAGCUCAGACUGUCUUACUCAUGCAAGACUGCACGAGAGGACAGAAACAUAAAUGUAGCAAGUCAGGGUUCACUCAGGAAAAUGGAAACCACUCUAUCCCUGAUGAUAGAGGAUUAAUCAGCCUUUGGGAAGACUGGAGAGGAAAAGAUAGGGACACUGAUGUUAUCCUGCAGCACUGGACCA